AUGAUCUUCAUCUUGACAGAUGACCAAGACCUACACAUGGACUCUGUGGCUUAUAUGCCGCACCUGAAAAAGCUCAUCAUAGAGCAAGGAAUGACGUUCAAAAAGCACUAUUGCACGGUGGCACUCUGUUGCCCCUCGCGCGUAAGCUUGUGGACUGGCAAAGCCGCUCACAAUACUAAUGUGACAGAUGUGAAUCCGCCAUAUGCAGGCGGCUAUCCCAAAUUUGUAUCGCAGAGUCUCAACUCCGCUUACCUUCCUGUAUGGCUGCAGUCCCUCAACUAUGCAACAUACUAUGUCGGUAAGCUCUUCAAUGCACAUAGCGUGCACAACUACGCUUCUCCUCGUGCAGCGGGCUGGACUGGCUCAGAAUUCCUCCUCGAUCCGUACACUUAUGAGUAUCUCAAUGCUACCUUCGUCCGCAAUCAUGGAGAACCCAAGUCCUACGAAGGACAGUACAGCACUGAUUUAAUCGCUGCCAAAGCAUUCGGGUUUCUCGAUACAGCAUUAGACGAAUAUCAAAAGGAGGGAAAGCCAUUCUUCCUGACCAUCGCGCCGACAGCGCCCCAUUCGAAUGUCCAUAUGAACACCCAGAUUGACGGAAACUUCUCUGAGGGCUCGAAUACCCAAUCCCCGCCCAUCCCAGCUGCUCGUCACUCCCACCUAUUCGAGGACGUUGUGGUGCCUAGGACACCACAUUUCAAUCCAGUGGACGCCCACGGCGUAUCUUGGAUCUCUCGGCUACCCCGCCAAAACCAAACAAAUAUAGACUUCAAUGACCACUUCUACCGCUCUCGACUUCGAGCACUACAAGCAGUUGAUGAGAUGAUUCAUGAUCUGUUCAUGAAGCUUGAUGCAGCUGGUGUCACAGAGGAGACAUUUGUCUUCUUCAGUACGGACAACGGGUAUCAUAUUGGACAGCAUAGACUACAACCUGGCAAACAGUGUGCCUUUGAGGAGGAUGUAAACAUUCCGUUCAUGGUGCGUGGACCAGGGAUACCGAUCAACAGGAGCACAGACAUCAUCACCACGCAUACGGAUCUGGCGCCGACAUUCAUUAGUUUGGCUGGCGGGCAGCUGAGAGAUGACUUUGAUGGGCAAGUCAUACCACUCCACGGCCUCUCUUCCCGAUCGCUCAACCCACCUAACCACCAAAUUAUUGGUCGUGACGUUGGGUCAUCUUUGACAACGCCUGCGAAAGAUUGGUCGACUGAGCACAUCAACAUUGAAAUGUGGGGAGUGAUCAUGUCAGAAGGAGAUCACGGUUCUGUCCUCUACCCAAACCAUACUUACAAAGCUUUGAGGCUUAUUGCAGAAGAAUACAGCUUGCUCUACACUGUCUGGUGUAGUGGGGAACGGGAGUUGUACGACAUGAAGAAAGACCCGUACCAGACGGAAAAUCUUAUGGCCGCAGCGCAGAGCGACACUGCUAUGUCGAUGCCGCUGCAAACCCCAGGAUCUGUCAUCUUCAGCUCGCAAGUCACGCUCGUGGAUCAGUCACACGUGCAUUCGCGCAUCCAGCUACUCAGUCGACUCGAUGCGCUGCUGAUGGUGCUCAAGACGUGCACGGCGCGAGCCUGCACGCAUCCUUGGCAAGUGCUGCAUCCUCUGGGGGACGUGAAAAGUCUGGCAGACGCGAUGGGACCACAAUACGACAGUUUUUAUACAUCGCAGCAGAAAGUGGCGUACGAGAAGUGCGAGAAAGGAUUCAUACUCGACAGUGAGGGACCAGUGAAGGUGGCUGCCUAUAGCUUCGAUGUUGGUGCUUAA